AUGGUAGCAAGUAAGAGAGCUGCUGCUGAUCCCACGAGAUCCUCAAAUGAGAAUAAAAGAACUUGCAGUGGGGAAGGAGGGACAACUGAGUCAUUGGUUUCAGCAUAUGAGGAUGUUCCCAGCAAGGCACAGUCUGAGAGUGGGUCUAGGGGUUACCCCCCCAGUACAUCAAGUGAUACGAUCAAUCGUGGCAUUGCUUUGCUUAAUGCUCAUCAUGGUCCUUUUGGUGAUAUAUAUCCUGAAGAUGGUGUCUGGGGUGAAUUCAAUAGAAGUUUUUCUCUUUUCUUAUCAAAAAAUGUUGUUGCGCUUGCUUCGUUCAAUGGAGGAACAAAGUUUUUUUCAUGCACAGGAUUUUUCAUUGACUUUGAUGAUGAAUGUCAGACUAUUCUGACUUCAGCAACCUUGGUUAGGGAUCCUGAUGGUUCAAAUAAGAUUGUUGAGGGCCUGAAGAUUAAGGUGUUGCUUCCAAACAAUCAAAGUAAAGAGGGGACAUUGAAACAUUGUAGUUUACAGUACAACGUUGCUCUAGUCAGUGUCAAGAACUGCCGUUAUGUUCGUCAUGUGAAUCUUGAACAAUGUUCAAUAAAUUAUUCUUCCAAGGUAGUAGCUGUGGGCCGUUCUUUUGAAUCAGGUGCAUUAAUGGCUACAAGAGGGGCACGAACCUGCUGGUCAGGCCCUUUUGAUUGCGAGCAUCUUUCUUACUCUACUUGUAAGAUCAGUAAGUCUGGGAUUGGAGGCCCCCUUGUUGAUAUCGACGGGAAGUUUCUUGGUAUGAACUACUAUGACAAGAAAAUGGGAACCCCAUUCCUCUAUUUUGAUGAUCUCCGUGGAAUCCUGCAAUAUUUCAAGACAAAGCACUUUUGUUUGAUUGACAAAACUGAGUAUCGGUCAAUGACUGGUAUGAAGCGCCACAUUCUUGAAGACAACUACUACAUACAAAACCGGUGGAUAUUGCCUGAUCCAAGUAGUAUGAAUGAACGUGAACGUGAAGAGGAACGCAGAGUCCUAGCCAGCCUCCACCCAACCAGCAGUCGCCGCGUCAAAUAUGCAUACACAGGUGGUGAUGUAACCGUGUUGAAGUAG